GCAGGACUGAGACACCCACUGUCCAAUAAGAUCCUCCAAGGAGUUUAACGGCAGCCAAUGUCCGCCAGCCGGAGCUCGACACAGGACAGACGCAGAGGCAUCCUCCUCCUCACAGCCGAACAAGCAGCACCACGCACUGACGGUGCUUCUCCUCCCACCGAUCCAUUGUUAGAGACGUACAACCGACGUAGAGCUGGCUUCAUACAGCAAUUCAGCUGGGCGGUCCAAGAUGGCCAAGGACCCUCGAAAGCCCAAGGGUAAAAUGUCCUCAUACGCCUACUUUGUGCAAACAUGCCGUGAGGAACACAAGAAGAAACACCCCGAAGCCUCUGUCAACUUUGCAGAGUUCUCCAAGAAAUGCUCUGAGCGGUGGAAGACGAUGUCACAGAAGGAGAAAGGCAAGUUUGAAGAUAUGGCCAAACAAGACAAGGUGCGUUACGAGAGGGACAUGGAGAAUUACGAUCCCCCCAAGGGCCAGAAGAGGAAGCGAUUCAAGGACCCCAAUGCCCCCAAGAGACCACCGUCUGCAUUCUUCCUGUUCUGUGCAGACUUUCGCCCCAAGGUGAAAAGUGAUUACCCUGGACUCACCAUUGGGGACACUGCAAAGAAGUUGGGAGAGAUGUGGAACAGCUCAUCUGCAGAGAACAAGCAGCCGUAUGAGAGGAAGGCUGCCAAGUUGAAGGAGAAGUAUGACAAGGACAUCGUUGCUUACCGCACGAAGGGCACAGUGGAAGUAGCAGCCGCUGCUCCAGCAGUAGAGGAGGACGAGGAAGACGAAGAAGAGGAGGAGGAUGAUGAUGACGACGACGACGAGGACGAUGAGUAAAUUGCUUACGGAUGGGACCUGAAGUUUUGUUUAUGCCAUAUAACCCUGAUAUACUCAAUUCACCAUCUUGAAACAUAAGUCAGAUUGAACAAGAACAUGUGUAUAUUUAAUGUUUUUAAGAUGUACAGUGUUAUUCUCCUUUUUUUGUAAAGUUAACACUACAUAUCUUAAGUUUGAGAUUUUCUAGUGGUAGUUCUUUAUCCCCUGCCAUAUUAUGUAACAAGUUAGGCGGGGAAAAAAAAAUCAGUAUGAAAGUAACUAGUCUUUAGGUGUUACGACUCAAAAAUGAAAUUUCUGAGUUGGUAGUGUAUUUUUCUUUAUUUUGAAAAAUAUUUUUUUAUGUGAUGUCCCAAUGUCUUUUUAUUGUUCUUUGAAUACCACUCUAAUAUCAAAUCCAGCUGACAUUCAAGAAUGUCUUCAAUAAAGGUCGUUUUUUUUAAGAA